AUGGGUUUUCUGGGGCUCGGCGAGCCGUCCUGGGGGACUCUCAUCAUCUGUCUAGGAGCGUGGAUAAAUCGGGAUUUCAAGACGCCGAUACUUCGAACCUCGGAAAUCUCAUAUGAGUUACGAGUAGAAGAUCCUGGUCACGAAUUAGCACUACACUUGCCCACUGCCGAAAAUGAGCGCACCGAAGGACACAGCCGCUGGCGAAGCAGAGAAAUAUCACUGUUUGGAUACCAGAGGACUGUGGAGACACCCGAUACGACCGUGUUUCGAAGCAGGACACUCAGCAGGGUACUCUUGCGCUUACCUUUUGUUGUGGAGAUUGUGUACUGGGCUUUGAUAUACGGUGUCUACCAGUUCGGUCGAGGCCAACUGGCUAUACGCUUUGUUGAUCAUACUAUUGACAUAGCAUGCUGUCAUGCCCUGGCCGUUAUCGAAAUGGAGCAGCGGCUGCACAUCUUUUGGGAAUUGUCCACCCAGCAGUUCUUCCUUCAACAUACUGACUGGAUGUGGUGGAUCAACCGAAUCUAUAGUUUUGUCCAUCUGCCCGCAACGAUAAGUUUCCUGGUCGGCCUUUACUACUUCGCGAUCACACGUAACAGAUCGAAGGCCGACUCGAGCUGGCAAGUCGACCCAACAAAAGGCCCCGAGCUAUAUGAGUCAAAACGCCGGGCAUUAGCACUGUGCAACCUCUUAGCAUUCUGUGUCUUCAGCAUGUGGCCAUGCAUGCCUCCUCGCUUGCUCGGACAAUCCACACUACCUGGAGAGGCAGGCAAAAUCGCCCGGAGCUUUGGAUUCAUUGACACCGUACAUGCUCGAGACGGCGCCAUCAGCGCCUUCAAUACUAAAAAAUGGACAAACCAGCUAGCUGCUAUGCCCUCGCUACACUUCGGGUACUCGUUGCUGGUUGGAGUUUCGCUGAUGCGGCUGCCGCUCGCUCACUCAUCGAGACGCUACAGCAUAUCCCUGCCAUUUCUGAGCUCACAGACUGGGUUCCACAUCCGCGGACCGUCCUUCCCAAAGCUGAUAUGCGAACUCAUCGGCGGCUUAUACCCUACUACAAUAUUGGUCGUAAUCGUCGCUACCGCAAACCAUUUCAUCUUGGACGCUGUUGCAGGAGGCAUGAUUUCCUUGUUCGCAUUACGAUGCAACGGGGUCAUGAAAAAUCUGCUCCCUGUGGAGGACUAUGUGCUCUGGUGCCUUCGAAUUCACAAACCUGUACACCACCCA